AUGGCAGUGGAUUGCAAAGUGCUGACGGCUGCUGGCAAUAUAAUGAUUUCUGGAAUAUAUUUCUAUCAUGUGGUUAUGUACUCGGUGACGACGAUUCUUGUUCUUUACAGAAAAGACACAUUUCACCCAUUCUUCUGCGUUCUAUUGGCAUUCUUCUGCCUAAGCUAUGCACUCUCGGACUUUCUCGAAAUGUUCUGCACGAGUGUCCAGCUCUUCGGUAAUGUUGAAGACAAUGUCGUAAGGAUAAUUAAAAAACUCGGAGAGUUAUUUUAUGUGUACGCUUCUCCCUGUGCUAUUUUGCUUGUUGUUGAGAGGGUGGUUGCCACACUCUACUCGGUUCAGUACGAACAACUAAGGCCAUGGUCACUAUUCUGGAUAGGACAAGUGUUCUGCGUAAUCUUCGCUUUUCUCGUUGUGUUUUGCCAAUACUGGAUCGAAUUCAACUACAACAUUCAGCAAUGGGCGUUACUUGCAAUUCAGUUGGCUAUACUCAGCCUCCGUGCUUGCGCUGAAGCGUUGAUUCCUAUCUCGAUACUAGUUCUUCAUCCUUGCUUCAAGAAGAUGAUCAAUAUUAGUUUUCGCUGGUGUCAAAUAGGCAAAUUCUUCUGCAAAAAUAAAAGAGAUUCCGGCACGAUGAUCGGUGGAGUGCAAAUCUCGGACAUCUACUUCAACAAUCUUCGCGUAAUGUGGAACAAAUAG